AAAAAAAAAAAAAUGCAUCACUCUGGGUGUUUCCACUCGUGAUUUUUAUGUAACAAAAUGCAGAAUGGUGACAUUUCAGGAGCACGGUUGCAUUCUUCGUGUGUAUUUGGUAAACAGUGAGAGGCGGCAGAGACACUGCAAUGUGCAAUCAUUGGUGCACAGCAGGCAGACCGCAUAGAGAUCGCAGGGAAGGAGCCGGCACCCCACGUCCUGCACCCCCCCUCCUCCUUCUCCUCCAACCUUCGGGGUGGACCAAGGUGUGAUGGCUGAGGGAGCCCGCAGCAGGUAGGUGAGGGGCUGCCUGACGUGCCCUCAUUCAGACACCAGUGGGCUGCUGUUGCUGGGAGAGACAGUGCUGCUGCGACAGGGGAGGAUGAAGCGAGCAACCCAAGGAAGCGCACAGCGCAUGCGCCCUCCGAGCCACUGACUAUAUUCUCAGGCUAGGUACCUAAGGAAGAAAAAAAAAAGAAAAAAAAAUCAGCAUUUUUUAUAUAAAGAAGAAGCUGCACUGCAAAAAAUACCCUGCUCAGGAUUGUAGAGCAACAACAGAUCUCUUGACAGCAUGACACAUCAGGAGGAGGAAAAAGCAGAAUGUGUGCCUAGACACCAGCCCAGUUAGUUUUGUGGAUUACAUUUGCAGUAAAAUGUAUGGAUCUAUCUUGUGCUUGCCCUUGUAUAUAGACCAUGAGACUUGACUGAAGCAAUAAAUAUAUCCUCCAUCUAUGGCGAACGAUAGCCAUGCAGCUGACAACAUUCUGCAAAAUGUGUCUCCUUUAACAGCGUUUUUAAAGUUGACAUCAUUGGGCUUUAUCAUAGGAGUCAGUGUGGUGGGUAACCUUCUUAUCUCCAUCUUACUUGUCAAAGAUAAGACCUUACACAGAGCUCCCUACUACUUCCUGCUGGAUCUGUGUUGCUCAGACAUCCUGAGAUCUGCUAUUUGUUUUCCAUUUGUAUUCACUUCCGUGAAGAAUGGCUCUACUUGGACUUAUGGGGCUCUUACUUGCAAAGUGAUUGCUUUUCUUGGGGUCUUGUCUUGCUUUCACACUGCAUUCAUGCUAUUCUGUAUAAGUGUCACCAGAUACUUAGCUAUAGCCCACCAUCGCUUUUACACAAAAAGGUUGACAUUUUGGACUUGUCUGGCAGUGAUUUGCAUGGUGUGGACCUUAUCGGUAGCUAUGGCCUUUCCACCAGUCCUAGAUGUUGGCACCUACUCCUUCAUUAGAGAGGAAGACCAAUGCACAUUUCAGCAUCGUUCCUUCAGGGCUAACGAUUCCUUGGGAUUUAUGUUACUCCUUGCUCUCAUUCUUCUAGCCACACAGCUUGUCUACCUCAAGCUGAUCUUUUUUGUUCACGAUCGAAGGAAAAUGAAGCCAGUCCAGUUUGUAGCAGCUGUAAGCCAGAACUGGACUUUUCAUGGUCCCGGAGCCAGUGGUCAGGCAGCCGCCAACUGGCUAGCGGGCUUUGGAAGGGGUCCCACACCACCCACUUUACUUGGAAUAAGGCAAAAUGCCAACACCACGGGCAGGAGAAGGCUACUGGUUUUAGAUGAAUUCAAAAUGGAAAAAAGAAUCAGUAGAAUGUUCUAUAUUAUGACAUUCCUUUUCCUGACCUUAUGGGGGCCCUAUUUGGUAGCCUGUUACUGGAGAGUAUUUGCAAGAGGUCCUGUCGUACCAGGAGGAUUUCUAACAGCAGCUGUCUGGAUGAGUUUUGCCCAAGCUGGAAUCAAUCCUUUUGUCUGCAUUUUCUCAAACAGGGAGCUGAGGCGCUGUUUCAGCACAACCCUUCUUUACUGCAGAAAAUCCAGGUUACCAAGGGAACCUUACUGUGUUAUAUGAGGGAGCAUCUGCAAAAUCUUUUAGCCUUGUGAAACACUAUCCUUCUCUGCUAAGCAAUUGUGGCCUGUAGCCAUGUCUUGAGAAGAAGAUCAAGAAUGGAGCGUAAGCAGCAUUGUGCACACUUUGCAAUAGCGCACCUGUAAUCCUAUUUUAUUCUAAAGUGUUCCUGCUGGCCACCAGGGAAGGUUUGUAAUUGAAAACAAAGGACUGAACCACGGUUUUCUUGUGUUCCUGUGGUUGAAAAGCUAGAUCUUACACACACACAAAAAAAAAAAAAUAAUGACAGGUGCUAGGAGCCCACUGCUGAAUGCUGUGUAUAUCACCACAUAUUAACAAGAACACCCAGAAAAGGUUAGCAUUGGACAUCUUAAUAAAUUGAAUUGAGGUAAAUAUGUUAAUAAACAUGCUUUUAAGAGUUGGAAGACUCUUUGAUAUUUAAUACAGUUUCUUUUGCAAUGAUUAACAAGUGGGAAUUUAACAUGUACUGUAACUGAUAAAAGGAUGUGCCAUGCAUUUCUGGAUUGUCGUACUGAGGGAUUUCCUUACCUUGUAAGUCAGUACUGGGGAGCAUUCCAAAGCAGUAUUUUUUUGGUUCAAAUUAUAUUCUACUUUUUCAAGUAUUCUUUCUAUAAAAAGGAGGUUUUCUUUAAUAGUGUAAAGAGCAUUUCAAUGUAUUCUGUGUUUUUGUUUUAUUUUUAUUUAUUUUUUUGCUCUCUUUAUUUUUUUUUCUUAUUUUUGUUUUUAUUUGGCAAAUACGGAUUGAAUUUUUGUUUUAAAAAAAAAAAGAAAACCUAGCUGUCGAUCUGUUUGGCAACGUACUAUCUGAUUUCCAGUAUAAACAGAUCUACUUAUGGAGCACUCAUAUUAAUACUGAAUAAAUACAUGUUGCCUUAAAGGGUUAUCUAGUAUCUUCCAUUUUGUUUAAUUUUGAAACUAAUUCAAUUGGUAACUCGAGUCAGUCAUAUGGGCGUGCAUGAAAGAACGAUGCAAGCCCCUCUUUCUUUGAACUCCUAUUGUUCCCGAAAUCAGUAUGCACAUCACCUAGCUGAGAUCAGCUUGCCAGAUCCAGAUGUGCUGCCCGUUCUGCUUCACCUUAAGAGACACAGGCAGUGGAGUAUGUUUAUAUUUUAAUUGAGCUGUCUAGAAGAGACUGAAGCCUUGGUAUGAUAUUUUGCACAGUUUGGGAAGCAUUUAUUCUACUGAAGGCACAGUCUUCUUUAUACUUUCUGCACAUUUUUGGUGUAUUGGUUGUUCAAAUUAUUUCCUUUCUUUCUUUUUUCUUCUUGUAAAAACAUAUAAUUUUUAGCAUUCUAGAAUAACAUUAUAGUCUGUGAGUCUUUCAUUCUUUAAGAUACAGAUGUGUGUGGAAUUGAAAUAUAAAGUUGCAUUUGCCAAACUUUUCCUGUGUAGCUUGUUAAUUUUCUCUGGAAUAAAAUUUUACAUUUUUCCA